CGCCGCUCCCGGCUGAGAUGCGGCAAUGCAACCCAGCGAGCUCCUGCCCGGACCCGGACCCGGGCCGUCCGUCGACUCCAAACCCGCCGACGGCCGCGGCGGCUGGCGCGCCGCGCGCUUCGUCCUCGCGGUCGGUUUCUUGGAGCGAAUCGGGUUCUACGGCGUGCAGGCGAACCUGAUCAUGUACCUGACCGGCCCGCUUGGCAUGUCGACGGCGUCCGCGGCCGCAGGCGUGAACGCGUGGGCCGGGACCGUGCAGGCUCUGCUGCCGCUUGCCGGCGCGCUCGCCGCGGACUCGCGGCUCGGGCGGUACCGCGCUGUCCUGGCCGCCGCCGGGCUCUAUCUACUGAGCUUGGGAAUGCUGACGAUCUCAUCCAUGCUGCAAGCGCUGCAAACUCACGCCGCGAGCUUGCCCUCUUCUUCCACGCUCGCCUUCUUCUACGUCGCGCUCUACCUGCUUGCUCUGGCGCAAGGCUUCCAUAGGCCGUGCGUGGAGGCCCUCGGCGCGGACCAGUUCGCUCCGAGCGACGGCGACCACAGCGCGGCCGCGUCGUCCCGGAGCUCCUACUUCAACUGGUUCCAUUUCUCCAUAUCCUGGGGCUACGCCGUCGCGACGGCGGGGCUGAGCUACGUCGAGGACAACGUCGGCUGGACCGUCGGGUUCGCCGCCUGCUGGGCCACGAUGGCUUUGUAUCUUGCAGUCUUCUUGCUCGGCACACGGACGUAUCGUGCCGAAAGACCCGUCGGCGUCAGAUCGUUCACUGAAACCGUGCGGUCGUGGGCAGCUAGGGUCUUCCGUCGCAAUGGCGCCACUGAUGCCGAACGGCUUCUAGCUCCAGAACGUGAGGAAGGCAAAGAAGUCAUUGCGAAGCUGCUCCCGAUAUGGCUGACGAGCCUACUCUUCGCCGCCAUCUUCUCGCAAAACUACACCCUGUUUACAAAGCAGGGCAGCACGCUGGACCGGCGCAUCGGUGCGACGCCGGGCCUCGUCGUGCCGCCCGCGGCGCUGCAGUGCCUGGUCAGCUUCACCUUCAUCGCCAUGCUCCCGGUGUACGACCGUGUGCUGGUGCCCCUGGCGAGGCGCGUCACGGGGCACCACGCGGGCGUCACGGCGCUCCAGCGCAUCGGCGCCGGCAUGGCAGUGUCCGGCGUCGCCAUGGCCGUCGCGGCGCUGGUGGAGGGCAGGCGGCUCCGCGUGGCCAGGGAUGCUGGCCUGGUGGACCGGCCCGACGUGGCGUUGCCGAUGAGCCUGUGGUGGGUGGCGCCGCAGUACGUCCUGCUCGGCGUAGCGGCCGUGCUGGCCGAGAUCGGGCUCGAGGAGUUCUUCUACGACCAGGUGCCCGACGCGAUCCGCAGCGUCGGCCUCGCGCUGUCCCUGAGCGCCAUGGGCGCAGGGAGCUACGCCAGCAGCAUGCUCGUUUCGUCGAUCGAUUGGGCAACGAGGAACUGGGGCGCUCAGAGCUGGUUCUCCGAUAACCUCAACCGAGCGCACCUCGACUACUUCUACUGGCUCCUGGCGGGGCUCGCCGCUCUGGAAGUGGCCGCGUUCUUGCAUUUUGCAAGCAGAUAAGUCUAGAGAAACAAACCAGCCGCCGACGGCAACACUUCCGGCCGAGGUGCAGCGAUGGAGUCGGGCGAGCUUGUACACCGACCCGGCCCGUCCGUCAGCUCCAGACUCGCCGACGGCCGCGGCGGCUGGCGCGCCGCGUGCUUCCUCCUCGCGAUCUCGUUCUUGGAGCUUGUCGGGUUCUGCGGCGUGCAGAGCAACCUGAUCAUGUACCUGACCCGCCACCUCGGCAUGUCCACGGCGGCCGCCGCCGCCGCCGUGAACGCGUGGACCGGAACCGAGAUGGUGCUGCCGCUCGCCGGCGCGGCAGCCGCCGACUCGCGGCUCGGUCGGUAUCGGGCGGUCCUGAUCGCCGGCGUGCUCUAUCUGCUGAGCUUGGGAAUGCUGACGGUCUCAUCCACGCUGCGAGUCCCGGAACCUCACGCGGCGAGCUCGCCGUCCUUCGCGCAGCUGGCCUUCUUCUACGUCGCGCUCUACCAGUUGGCGGCGGCGCGAGGCUUCCACAGGCCGUGCGCGGAGGCCCUCGGUGCCGACCAGUUCGCGCCAAGCGACGGCGAGGACCCCAGCUCCCGCGCGUCCCGGAGCUCCUACUUCAACUGGUUCCACUUCUCCAUCUCCUGUGGCUACGGCAUCGCGACAACCGGGCUGAGCUACGUCGAGGACAACGUCAGCUGGACCGCCGGGUUCGCCGCGUGCUGGGCCACGAUGGUGCUGUACCUCGCCGUCUUCUUGCUUGGCACGCCCACGUACCGUGCGGAGCGACCCGUAGAUGGCAUCCGGCUUGCCGAGACCGUGAGGACGUGGGCGGCGAGGGUGUUCCGUCGCAAGGACGCCGGCGACACCGAACGGCUUCUAACAGGGGAACCUGAGGACGGUAAAGGAAAAGGACUCGUCGUCAAGCUGCUGCCGAUAUGGGUGACGAGCCUGAUCUUCGCAGCCAUCGUUGCCCAGGUCUCCACCCUGUUCACCAAGCAGGGCAGCACGCUGGACCGGCGCCUCGGCAUGGGCACGGGCCUCGUCGUGCCGCCCGCGGCGCUGCAGUUCUUCCUCAGCGUCACCAUGAUCGCCACGCUCCCGGUCUACGACCGCCUGUUCGUGCCCCUCGUGAGGCGCAUCACGGGGCACCACGCGGGCCUCACGACGCUCCGGCGCAUCGGCGCCGGGAUGGCCACCGCCGGCGCCGCCAUGGUCGUCGCGGCGCUGGUCGAAGCCAGGCGGCUCCGAGUCGCCAGGGAGGCGGGUUUGGUGGACGAGCCGGACGCGGUGUUGCCGAUGAGGCUGUGGUGGAUGCUGCCUCAGUACGUGCUGAUCGGUGUCGCGGUUGUGCUGGCGGAGAUAGGGCUCCAGGAGUUCUUCUACGACCAGGUGCCCGACGCCUUCCGCAGCGUCGGGCUCGCGCUGUGCAUGAGCAUCUUUGGCGUGGGGAACUAUGUCAGCGGCAUGCUUGUGUUCGCGACCGAUUGGGCGACGAGGAGCAAGGGCGAGAGCUGGUUCUCCGAUAACCUCAAUCGAGCGCACCUCGACUACUUCUACUGGCUCCUGGCGGGGCUCGCGGUUAUGGAGGUGGCUGUGUACUUGCAUUUCGCAACCCGAUACGUCUAUAGCAGCAAAGACGAACUGUGAUCUUUGAAUUACUGAUUUUCCUUCGUUUUUCAGAUU